UGAUAACAUUGUUCUCAUGAGUGCACCGGGAUGUCAACAGGAUGAUCGUUAAUAAAACAGAAUAUUUGAGGUUGGUACACAAAGUAUAAGUAAUAAAUGCAUCCUAGUGGUGUUUUAUAACGGUGUAAGAUUACGGAUGCAGUGACAUAAAAAGGUAUAAGACAUAAACCUUGACAGAAUGGCGAAAAUCACAUUCCUUGUUUUACUGUUCCUAUAUAUUGGGUCGUGUCAGUGUGACUGGUGGACAGACUAUCUCAGAAACCUUGUCAACAAAGGUAGAGAACCCACGUGGGCGCCAGAUUAUCUUGAUAAACAGCUACAAAAAGAUACACAGAACGCCGCGCUUAUCAAAGCAAUCCAAGAUGCAUUGAAUGAGGUUUAUGAGGCGAUAGAUAACAAUAAACCAACAGGGGAUACCAGUUCAGGGGGAGAUAUAAAGGACCAGAUUAAUAACAUCAAAUAUCAACUCGGAGUCUUAGACGAAUUCAAGAAAGAACAAGAGAGACAAAAUAAUAACAUUGAUCACAGAUUUACACAGAUUCAAACUGCUCUCGAUGAAUUAUAUGAAAGAGUUGACGGCGGACAAGGUAAAUCUGGAUCAGGAAAUACAUACACCAGAUGGGGUAAAACAUCAUGUCCAUCAACUGCCGGUCUUGUGUAUGAAGGAUAUGCAGCAGGUAACGCUAAAUACGAAAAAGGAGGUGGAGCUAAUUUCUUGUGCCUUCCGAAAGACCCCGAAUGGCGUAGCUAUUCGGAUAGUAAAUCAGCUUGGAUAGGACGUUUAUUUGGUGUUGAAUAUCAGAUAAAAGACAACUCAGUCUAUUCCACCUCGUUCCAUGAUAAAGAAAUGCCAUGCUCAGUAUGUCUGAUAACAGAAAGAUCAACGUCCUUAAUGGUGCCUGGAAAAGUCACAUGUCCCACUGGAUGGACCAAUGAGUAUACUGGAUAUUUGAUGUCCCAGGCCAUUGCGGGUGAUCGUCAACCUUCGGAAUAUAUUUGCGUGGAUGAGAAUUUAGAUGCCGUUGACGGUAAUAAGGCUGAUAACGACCAAGGAAAUGUGUAUUUGGUUGAAGGUGUGUGUGGAAGUUUGAAGUGCCCACCUUAUGUUGGUGGUAGAGAACUAACAUGUGUCGUCUGCUCGAAGUAAAUAAACGGAUCUCACGCCCCGUGUCGGUAGUCAACAUGUAUCACAUAUUUAGAGUACGUCAGAACUAUAAAAAAACAUAUAUAGUUACUAUUUUAACAUGCUUUGAUCAAAUUAAUGAACAUAAUUUGUUAGUACUCUGUUCUUAGCUUUUGAUACGGUUUAGAUUAUUUUAUUUUUUUAUAUAAAUGAAAGAAAUAUGUAGUUGUAUCCAUGAAGCUUUUUGUGCGUUUAACUAAUUAUUAAAUAAUUAUAUAACUGUC